AUGGCCUUCAAAAACGGACUUAGUGAACGCCUCGAUGAGCUGCGAUUCCCUUCUCCACGCUCGCCUCCAUCCGAGUCGCCUUUUCCUGGCUAUAGCUCGCUUUCCCCGGGUCACUCAAGCUUCGUAUCCGCGUUUUCGCGUCCCUCGGGAGAUGUUCGUGCCAACCUCCAACGUCGAUUCACUACGGAUUCCAGCAAGCUUUCGUCCUGGAGCUACUUGAAUAAUAUCUCGGGUGCCCCCCAAAUGCCGGAUCCUCUCGAUUUGUUGUCAUCGUUUGAGAAAAAGCGCCAGCACAUUGAGUAUAUGCGUGAACAGAAACGGAGAUUUGAGGAGGACAUGAAACUUCUGGAUCUCCAGCAUGAGAAGGAAAAGCUUGAAAUGGACCAGCUGGCCAAAGAUCUUGCUAAGGCCGGCAUAUCUGGUCCAGUUAGUGAGCCCACGACCCCCCCGGAAUAUCGUGAGAAUGGCUUCCCUGGUGGCUUCACACGUCCGACUCGCUUCUCUACUUCUAGUGUCACUUCAUCUCCUGGUUUCUUCAAUGUCUUUGCUCCGUCGCAGGUGACUAGCCCCCAGGGCCAAGCAAGCCAUACUUCUCAGACCCCAACAACCCGUUUUUCAGUCCAAUCUGUUCCUGGCUCUCGUAGGAACUCCGAAAAAGAAGACUUUAGCAGCCAGGAACCUGCUUCGCCUUUUCGUCCAGGGCCUUCCAUUCAUCGCUAUUCAAUGCCGUCUACGGGUUUUGGACCUCAGAUACGUCCCAACGUUUCUACCUUCAACACCUCCUCUAGUCUGGAAUCUUUCAAUGCUGCCAAGUAUUUAUUUCACAACGAAGACGACAGGGCUACUUUAAAAGACGAAGACAGGAUUCCGACCCCAGAUAUCAAGAGCUACCUCAAACUCACGGAUCCUGACGAUAAAUUUCCUACGCUGUCGCGCAGGGACGACUCGGGCUUGCUGUCUGCUAACUCAGACGCUUUGGAUCUUGCCAACUCACGCACUCCUAACCCGGAGACUUGGAACUCUCACAGCCGGCACCGUACUACCCACCAAAGCAUGCCACAGAAUGCCUUGAACAUGUUUCGCCUCGACCAGAUCGGACCUUCUACAAAUGAUACCAACUCAACCACGCCCAACCCGUCCAGGCAUGCUAAUCGACACUCCCUCGAGGCAAACAUGCUUUACAAUGUUGAAGGGAAUCAUGAGAAUGUAGCUGCGAACGCGUCGUCAAAUCAUCCUACCUCUCUGCAGUCGUCUUACUCGACUAAUGAUCUUCCCACUGUCAAAGGUGAUGGUUUCAAUCCUGCCAUCACCCCCCCAAAAACCCACGCCGAACAAAUCCAGCAGCACAAUACUAAUCUGGGCCGAAUUCCAACUACUGCUGCUACUCCUCGCCAACAGAGAGACUCCCCAGAACGUGAUGAAGCAAACCUAAAUGGCUCCAGAACCCAGCAAACCACUUUGCAGGCUAGCGCGACCCCUUUUGGCCCCCAGCUUACCACCACUGCGCCUGGUACAGGCACAGCUACGCCAACAUCAUUAGCCACUUUUCAGGCACCAUUCUAUGGUUAUGGCAUUCAGACAUAUAUGGGAGCUCCAGUUCAAGUCAGUGGACAACUUUCGAACUACAGCCCCACCGCGUCCUAUGGCGGAUAUCCUCCCUAUGGAAACUUCCGACUCGGCGAGAAUCCAGCCAAGGGAGUCGUGCCUCGCAGGGGGGGGGAUAGCGACUCCGCUCAGUUGUCACGUUUUACCAACUUCCCACUUGAGCAUUACCGGGGAGAGUUAUAUGGCCUUUGCAAAGAUCAGCAUGGGUGCAGGUACCUGCAACGGAAGUUGGAGGAGCGCAGCCCAGAACAUGUUCAAAUGAUCUUUGAAGAAACUCAUUUGCAUGUUGUGGAGCUCAUGACAGAUCCUUUUGGUAACUAUCUAUGUCAGAAGUUACUCGAAUAUUCAAACGACGAACAGCGCACGGCGUUGAUAAAUAAUGCAGCCCAUCAGCUUGUCAAAAUUGCUCUGAAUCAACAUGGAACCAGGGCUUUGCAGAAGAUGAUUGAGUUCAUCUCCACUGCUGAACAAACGCAGACUGUAAUCCAUGCCCUGGAGGAUCACGUUGUCGAGCUGGUCCAGGACCUGAAUGGCAAUCAUGUCAUUCAGAAAUGCCUGAAUCGCCUCUCGGCGGAAGAUGCUCAAUUCAUCUAUGAUGCUGUGGGUGCUAAUUGUGUGGUUGUUGGAACUCACCGCCAUGGAUGUUGUGUUCUCCAGCGCUGCAUUGACCAUGCUUCAGGUGAGCAGAGAGCUAGGCUCAUUGCACAGAUAACUUCCAAUGCGUUUGCCCUAGUCCAGGAUCCGUUUGGCAAUUAUGUGGUGCAAUAUAUCCUGGAUCUUGCAGAACCUCAUUUCACUGAGCCACUUUGCCAAGCUUUCCGAGGAAAUAUCCCAGCGCUGUCCAAACAGAAGUUCAGCUCCAAUGUGAUUGAGAAGUGUCUCCGUACUGCCGAAUUUCCAAUUAGACGUCAAAUGAUUGAAGAAAUGUUGGCUGGAAGUGAACUUGAAAAGAUGCUCCGUGAUUCUUUUGCAAACUAUGUUGUUCAAACUGCCAUGGACUUUGCGGAUGCUGACACUCGCACUCGUAUCGUUGAAUCUGUUCGCCCCAUUCUUCCAUCCAUUCGCCAGACCCCUCAUGGCCGUCGUAUUGCUGGUAAAAUAAUGGCCUCUGAGGGUUCCGGAAGGGGAAGUGCCUCAACAAGUGGACAGGUCACCCCUAAUGAGAUGAACUCAGCACAGCUUCCGGGCCCCCUACAAGGACCGCAGAAGCCAUUCAUGUAUCAACACAAUUCUUUCCCCAUCGGAGCACAGUUUGGAGCCCAAAACUAUGUACCUGCUUCCGGAAGCGGCUCCGCCUCGAACACUCCGUCUGGUGGACCUAGUGAAAAUUCCUCAGGCAUUUUUCCGCCUGCUGUCCAGCAAUCCAACGGCAAUCUUGGCGCGCAGGGUCAGUUGUAUGCGUAUUUCUGA